AUGAGUUCUCUGAGAAAUGUUGUUAUGCCUUUGCUGGUAAUUCUUUUCAUAACAACUUCUGUGGAUGGUGCUCUCCUUGAUGCUCCUAAGGACGUAGUCGUCAGAAUCACCAACGCGUUACAAAACAACGUAAACUUGACGGUGCACUGCAAAUCCGGCGACGACGACCUUGGGAUGCAGACACUUCGUAUAAAUGAAAACUUUGAGUUUAAUUUCCAAACAAGUAUUUUUGGAACUACACUCUUCUUCUGCGGGUUUAAAUGGUCGAAUGAAUUUCGUUGGUUCGAUAUUUUCACAGAUAAGAGGGAUGAUUGCAGCAGUUGCUAUUGGACUAUAAUUGAACUUGGGCCUUGCUUGUAUGGUAUUGACGGUCUCUGCUAUCAGUGGAACAAGCAUUAG